AUGCCUGGUGUUACCGCAGUGUACCAAAUAUCACCAAGUUUUGCAGAAUACUUCUUCAGCGUCGACAGGAAUAGUGGGUCGAAUAUCUACCCUUACUCAAUCAUCCGUUGGCACAAAGAACAAGUGACGGUUUAUCCAAAUAAACCAGACCCAAUAAAAGACCUUCCAGGAUCACAACCAGGAAGACUUCUCUUGGGAGGCCGGAAACUAUCACCGGAAGACGCGUACCAUCGCCGGUACAUAGUCAGAAUUGAGUCCUUCUUUUCUCUGCAACCGGGAUCCGAUUUGAAUUCAGAUACAGGCAUUAUUCAUCAUUGUUCCGGGGUCUUGAUCAAGUCGUCUUGGGUGCUUUCUGCUGCGCAUUGCUUUCAGGAUGAUGCGAGGAAUCUCUGCACCCGCGUCACAACAUUCAGCGGAGCAAGAGCCAAGGGCGACACCUCGUGGCGAAUGCCAGGCAUCAGCUUCACAGCAGAAUGCUCAGAAACCGCGUUCCCGCACCCGGAAUGGGAUCCGUCCACUUUGCACAACGACAUCGCCCUCCUCAAAUUUGUUCCCGCUGACAAACGCACUCCGCUAGCAACAAUGCCCAUGUGGUACUUCACUUAUCCUUACCUGAACGGACAGGUGGUCGGGUAUGACGUCAUUGAUGAUGCGGACGCAAAUGAGGAUAAUGACCGCGCGAUGAGAAUGAGCAAUGACAACACCAACAGCAGAAUAGCCGAGACGUAUUACUCCAAUAGACAGAGGUGGGCUUUGCACAGCGCAGAUAUUUACGUGGACGGGAACCUGGUGUGCAUGUACACAUCUCUGAGGAGAUACCUCAGUUUUUAUCAGGUGUGCUUCAAGAAUGCCCAGGAUAACAUCGGCAUUUGCAAUGGGAUUGGUGGAGCUCCAAUUUUUAUUCGCCUCAGAAAUGCAGACCACCUCGUUGGCAUCAGCUCCAUUGGCAUGGUGUCGAAAAAUGGUGCAUGUCAGCCCAACACUCCCAAUGUCGCCACCAGGGUAUCACAUUACUUGCCUUGGAUUGAGGAAAUCACUUCCAUGUGAAAUCAGGUUUUCAAGAAGCAUGGACGGUCGGGCUUAUGCGUGGUGGAUCCUGUAUUCCUGGAGUGAAAAUGCAGAAGAUAAUUGCAUGGUAUCUACGAAUUUCAUUUAUUGUUUUCCGCCACGAGCACAUUUUCUUAAAACCACGGAGGGAUUCAAAUCACUCUCAUUACCAACCACACCGCGAAAAAUAAAUUCAGGAGAUACGCAAAAAUUUUUGUCAACAAGCCGGACCACUUCCAAUACUUUCGAGAAUAAAAAUGACCGCGCUUACAGUCAAAGAGCCGAUUGCAGUUCAAUGAGCCCAAGUUCAGACCAGAUGCUCGCGGGGAUCGUCGCGGGCUCUUUGCGACUUUUCAAGUAGAGCCGCUCUUCCUCGGGUAAUACUCCAACCACCAUCUUGUCCAUGGAGAGGAGUGCUUGCUUGGAGUGGCCAACUCCACGGAACGCCAUCGUCGCGUCGCAGCCCGCGUGCUCCAGCAAAACUUCAGCGCCUCCGGGGUGUUCUCUGAUGAAAUCCGUGAUAUCAUAAAUGAGGUCGUAGAGGAUGACCCAACAAUCGUCAUCAUGAUAGUGUUCGGCCACAGUGUCCAUCGAGAUUACGGGCAGGUCUUCGAUGGGUGUGCAAUCCGUGGGACGAGGUACUUGGGCGCUGGAAAUCACGGGGCAAAAGGAAUCUGUGUUGUUCGUGUUUCCAACAACGUUGUUGUUGUUAGGCUGAUGGUUCAGCCCUAUCGUCUCCGCCGCAGCUUUCAGCGAAUUGAACGCCAACGAGAAUAUCUGUUGAGGCAAAUGAUAAAAAUUUUGAAUUUCCCUUUGCGUCAGAAUCGGAAUACAUCAUCCACACAAAUUCAACGGGAGCAAGAAUGUUUUUCGUUCAUUUCGUUGGAUUACUUUGUGGUCAUUUCGAGGUACAGCUUCACUUCCGCAC